AUGGCGUCGUCUAAAAAGCCAAUUGUGAAGGUACAAGAGGAAAACCGGGUAGCACAGGAGGAUCAACCAGCAAAGGUCAUCGAAUGGGAGGAUUACGAGCAGGAACUCGCUCGUUUAUGCAGUUUGACCUCCGCACUUGAGGAAGCCAAGACUAAUAAAUUGGGACUUGAAGAGAAGCUUCAGUCGUCGAUACAAAUAGAAUCUGAGUCAUUAAGUCGGUCGAAUGAGCUUGAUCAGAUGCGUGAGAAAUUGGAACAUCGGAAGUUGUUGAUGGGGAAGAUGUCUAUGCGUUCCAAGGUUGUAAAAGAGAAGGUCAGAAAGCAGGAGAAACAACUUAGUGGUGAAAUUAGAUCUCUUUUGGUUGGUGGAAGUUCUAUUUCUGUGGCUAACAAACGCAUGCAGGACUCAAGUAGAUUACUUGCUGGAGAAAAAGGUUAUGGUCAUUUGAAAAUUUUGCAGAAAUCAUUGAGAUUGAGGCAGCAGUAUAUGACCACGCAGGUCACCUUGCUAUAUCCAGUAAAGGUUGUGGUCAGAAAAUCAUCUGAGCAAGAACUUGAAUCAUUUCGUAGUAGUAUUAAGUCAGGUGUUCCUGAUGGAUCAAAACCUCUCGACCAGGGCACAUUGACCAUCUCCGGACUGCACCUCACUGUGGUCACUUUUACAAAAAUGAGUUUUUUUACUAACAAGAAAGAGGUUCAGCGAUCAUCAACUGCUCUUGGAUAUGUAGCUCAUACUGGCAAGCUAUAUAUAGUUUAUGCAUAUCUGUUGCUGUCAGUCCGCGAGUACACUUACUACUAG